AUGGCGCUUCGGGAUGGUCUCAGAGUUGCUUGGGAGCAGGGUUGUCGUCGCCUGAUUUGCGAAUCGGAUUGCCUUGAGCUGGUUCGUAACCUGGCCAAUGUGGAUUGGGUGAGUAUGCAUAGUCAUGGUGGUAUUCUCAGGGAGAUUAGAGACAUGAUGGGUUGGAGCUGGAAAAUAGAUAUUUCGUGGAUUGCCAUAGAAGGGAACAUGGUGGCGGAUUGGCUAGCGAAGCGGGGGUCCUCUCUUGUGUCGUCAGGGAUCCAUGAGCUAGCGUUGCCUCCCCCAGAGUUGAAAAUCCUUCUCUUGAAGGAUUCCCUUGGUGUUUCUUAG